AUCUGCGCAGUUGGAGUGUGACCGGCCGGGGAAGAGACGGAGAGUAGACAGUAGCAAUAUGUCUGGGUACAGGCAACAACCCGGGGCCUCUGGCCGGGAUUUUAAUAGCAUCAUCCAGACCUGCAGCGGCAACGUACAGAGGAUCACACACAAUACUGCUCAAAUCCGGAACUUGUUAAGUCAACUGGGAACCAUCGAAGAUUCAAGCAAACUCCAGCAGAACCUACAGCAAAUCCAGCAUUCCACCAAUGUACUUGCCAAGGAGACCAAUACAUUCUUGAAGGAUCUUUCCUCCGUUCCUACACCACUGUCUGCUUCUGAGCAGCGCCAGCAGAAGAUUCAGAAAGAGCGUCUUAUGAAUGAUUUUUCUGCUGCACUCAACAACUUUCAAGCUAUUCAGAGGAAAGUAUCCGAGAAGGAGAAGGAGGUUGUAGCUCGGGCCAGAGCUGGUUCCCGUCUGUCGGGUGAUGAAAAACAAAAGGAAGAACAACUUGUUUCAUUUGAUAACAAUGAGGACUGGAAUCAGAUGCAGGAUCAAGAGGAGGAGUUUGCUAUUACAGAAGAGGAUCUUGAACUCAUAAAGGAGAGAGAGAGUGCAAUCCAGAAACUGGAGGCAGAUAUUUUAGAUGUAAACCAGAUUUUUAAAGAUUUAGCAGUAAUGAUCCAUGACCAAGGAGAGAUGAUUGACAGUAUAGAGGCCAAUGUUGAAAGUGCAGAUGUUCACGUAGAGAGAGCAACAGAGCAGUUACAGAGGGCAGCAUAUUACCAGAAAAAAUCCCGGAAGAAGAUCUGUAUCCUAGUCCUUGUUCUUUGCAUUGUUGCUUUGAUUCUUGGAAUUAUUAUAUAUUUUUCUGUGAAAUCCUGAAAUCUUCCGUACCCGGUGUCAUGCUUCAGCACACACACAAAUCUCGCCUUCCUCUAGAUAUCUACUAAGUAUCUGCUGUGUAUCGACAUUUUCACCAACAAUCAAUGAAAAGCAGACUGUUGAAUAUUCAAAGACCUAACAUUAGUUUUUGGGAGCGAGGGGGUGGGGGGGGGUAUCUUUUAAAAAAAAAAAUUUAAAUGAUCAUCACAGCCCUGGGGUGCCCUGUUUAUAGAGCAGACUUAACUGGAGAAAUGAAAUGUUUUGCCUAUGCAUUUGACUUAAUGUCCAGUGGAAACAUCUUUUAAACCAUUUAUGAAGUUCACCGGCGGUGGGACGCUCUUUCACACUUUGCUGUCAUUAGGACUCUGCUUCUUUUCAUUGUAUAACAGCCAUGUGACCCCCAAAUGACCUAUACCAGCCAUCAUAUGACUUCCCAAAUGACCCCUAAAAGAAAAAAAAAGAUAAAUCAAUAACCUGUGUACUACAGAGUAGUUAAUACUUCCAGUAACGUUUGAGAUGGCUUCUGCUGUUUGCGCUUUAAGUCUCUCCCAUUGUAUAUACAACCUCUUAACACUUGUUAUCUUUUUAGCUUGUUAUUUGUGUUCAAAGAAUAUCAGUGAAUGUGCUAGUAUUGUUUAUAACUAUUUUCUCAAGACUAUAAAUAUGGGCAAUGUUUUGCUUCUCUGAUAAUGUGUGUGUAUAUUAUGUAUAUAAUCACACACUUAUAUGCACACAUGCCUAACACACUAAUGUGAAUUCCUGUAUAUACUAUUUUUUUUUUUCCUAUCUAUGUAUUGAGGGGCGUUACUGACUCCUUUGUGUGAAAAGGGUUUAUUCAGGGUUGUAUUAAUGUUUGUUGAAAAGACCCAAGAUCAGAAGAUUGAAUUAAAAUCACAAUGUAACACA